AUGGCCAACCCUAAACCCACAGAGGAAUUUGAAGAGGAAUUGGAAGAGGAAUUGGAAGAGGAAUUGGAAGAGGAACAGGAAUUGGAAGAGAACUUCGAAGAGGAAGUGUUGGAAGUGGCAGAUGAAACAGAGCCAAGAGAAAAGUCAGGAAAAGAGAAAAGGACAUUGAGAACCGUCAUCCCCAAUUAUUGGCAUCCAGACUUCCCUGACAAAACCACCGUGGGCUUUCCAAAUGACGGAGUUGACUGUUAUCGAAAUGUCGUCUUCCAAAUGAUUCUACAUAUGCCGAUUUUCUACAAUUGGCUCAUCUGGUAUAGGGAGCACCAUGCCCCUAAGGGUUACGUUUGCAAUCUGGGCUCAUCUGAAGAAGGUCCCAGCGAAUGCCAAGUUUGUCAACUUGCUGAGAUCUCCCAGGCUUACUGGGCAGGUGAAACGGAAAGUUGGAUGCCUACCUUUGAUUCCCUAACACACUCGCUCUUGCAUGGUUGGAAACCAGGUGGAGUUGACUCGGAACAAGACCCGGCAGAAUAUUUUGAAGUGCUUUUCAACGCCAUCAAAAAUAGCACCAAGCCUAUGAUGCAAGGAGAUUUGGAAGAUAUCUUCCGGGUCGAAAUCAUCCAAGCAAUGAGAUGCGCCGGGAAGAACCCUUGUGACCCAAAAUACACCCUAGAUCCGUGCUUGUUCAUGAGGAUCAGCUUAUCCGGGGAAGAGGGGGAUAUACUCCCCGAGAAGCCUACUUUGAGCGAUAUAAUCGCACAGCACUUUGACCAUGAGGACGAUUUCGGUGUGUGUGCGCAGUGUGGAGGCAAGAAGACAGCCAAAGACCAAAUUGGAAGUUUUCCUGAGCUUCUCUUGGUCCAUCUCAACCGCACCAGUCAGUCGGGCAAGAAGAUCGACACCCAUGUCUAUCUGAGCGAACAGUUAAAUAUCGAGACACGGUUCAUGGAUGAACGCUGGGGCAACGAACGAAAAGUUGUACAGUAUAAAUUAACUUCAGUGGUCUUGCAUCAUGGUCAGGAUGUGACACGAGGUCAUUACAGUAUCGGCGUUAAGGGUAAAGGGGAUGAAUGGACCAAGGCGAAUGACACUGAAAUCUCGGACUGGAACCCCGAAGGGCGCGGAGGCAACCCAAACCAUCUCGCCACCGGUUAUCUCUUUACAUAUCGCCGAUUACCCACAGAUGACCCAGUACGGAGACACCCAGAGCCACAGACAGCCGAGGAAAAUGCUGUGGAAAUCGACGCCGCUUUAGCAUGGGACGACGAGGCUUUGUUCGCGGAUUUUGAUUCUGGGCCAGUACCAGAAUCAGGCUCCUAUGUCUUGGGAAAUGACCCCAAGGCAUUGGGGAAGUUACUAGGUGCGAUGAUACCCAAGGUUGUUGAUAGCUAUAUAGCUCGCUCAGCGGAUGCGAGGCGCAAGGAGUGGGAUAAAUGGGCGAAUGAAUGGGAGAAGAAGAGGGGAACGGUCAAAGCAAAGGCUUCGACUUUUGCUAUUGGUCCUGCCAUUGGUUCUGAUAUUAACACCGGUUCCAAUGAGGAUAUAGUCGACUGGAAUAAGCAACGAGGACGACUUGAGAUAACUUUGACUGGAGAUGCGGGCAAAGGGGCAAAGGUGUUGGAUCUUGAAGUACAAGGAAUGCACUAUAAUCGACUCAAGAGGAAGAAAGGAGAGAGGACAGAGGAAGAAGCCUCGGAAAAAGAUUCGACAUUUAGCAAAUUUAAGAGAAAGGUGCAAGGUAAAGCGAAGGAAUAUGGCAAUGGGAAGGGAAAUAGGAAGGGGAAGGGGAAUGGGAAGAAGUAG